AUGAGGGAGAGUAACGAGAGGCAAGGGGGCGAGAUCAGGAAGCGCACUUUACGAGCAUGCGACUGCGAAGACCUACGCGUCAACCAGACCUCCGGCCGCAGCUCGUGCAAGGUCUGUCGCGAGAAUAGGGAAGACUGCAAGUUCGAUGCCCCAGUUAAGAAGCGCGGUCCAAGGCCCGGAUGGCGACAGCGAGCGCGCUCGGCAUCUCCCAGUCACCGCCAGCAUGUACUUCAACAUCCACACCAUUCAUCAUCCGGACAGCAACACAGCCCAGACACCAAACUCCCCCUUCCUCCACCCACCUCCAAUUCCCAUUCCUCUGUUUUGCUCCACCACCAGCUCGCCGACACGGCCGCCACAACAAGAGAUACCUCGCCUUCUCCUGAGGCCACACGGCGACAUACCAAGGGCCCGUUGAUGGGUCUAUCCACUGCGCUCGUCGACGAACUGCUCGCCGUCUAUUUCACCCAUGUCCAUAAUGUCUGGCCCCUCAUCUACAAGCCGCUGUUCCAUAUCCAGACGACCUCUCCCCCCUUGCUCCUAGCCAUGCUGGCCAUUGCAAGCUGCGUUGCGCCACCGGAUUCCGUACAUGGCGUCGACACCGACAAGCUCUUUCACAUGGCUGAGCGGCAGAUGCACCACUGCAGGAUGGAAUCGAGAAUAGACCUCAUCCAGUCCCUCAUUCUGCUGUCACUGCGCCAGACGGGGUGCGGCGAUAAGCACAUGGCCUUUUCGUACGCCGGACGCGCAUGCUGCAUGGCGCUCAACCUGGGAUUGAACCUGUCGCCAGCGAACUCGGAGUCUCUGACCGAGUGUGAGAUUCGAUCGCGCGUGUACUGGAACUGCUAUGUGCUCGACAAGACACUCGCAGAAGAAACCGGCCGAUCAUUCCUGCUGCCGUAUCGCCGAUCAUCUACGCCGCUACCGUCGAUGAGCGAGGCGGAUGAGUUCGAAACAUGGCCCCCACUGCCUACCUCGAGUCUGCCACUGCCCAAGAGCGUGAGGCACAUCGUCCCUCGGCGCGGAUACGUCAUGUCGUGCUUUGUCUGGACUUGCCAACUUGGCAUGGUGGUCGAAGAUAUACUCGACAUGGAUAGGCCAGGCCUUCCUCCAGGAACAGAUCCCAGGAUUGUGGACAACAGCCUACAGGACCGAGACGAGCUCAUCCGACGUGCCGAGACGCUCUCAAAUCGACUAGAUGUAUGGCGCAGCACCAUUCCGCGCUCCAUCGACGUGGACGUCAUGGUUCAGAGCAACGUCAGCCCGUUCCCGCACCACGUUGUCGGCGUGUCAUGGUACUACACGGCGCAGAUUUUGCUGUUGUCGCGCUUCAUCAAGCGGCGGAGCAUGCUGCCUCCUACUGAGGCUGAGGCAGAGUUCAGCAAGCGCGCUCAUCGUACAUGCUCGGCUGCUGCUGAGGCAGUUGUCGAGCUGCUCGCGUAUCUGGAUCGACACAAGCUACUGAACCACACUUCCGCGGAUAUCAUCCACAUUCUUUCCCUCGCGACCCUCUUCGAGGCGUUUGACAGCUCGGACGCUGACCAAGCUCUCGCCGAUCGUGCAAAGAUGAACUUUGCGCAUGCUUCAUGGCCGGCCGCGAGCGCACACAAGCUCUUCUUCGAGGGCCUGAUCCAGGGUGGCCUCAAACUCUCGGGCGACGCACCAGUCGGCAGCCCAGAAGUAGCGACUUCGCCCUCACUCCCCGAAGGCCUGCGCGCCGUCGGCCGCAACCUAAGCACGAGCGAGCGCGACCUCCCGCGCGUCUCUCUCCCGCAGGGCGGCAUCUCCAACCUUUUCCAGUUGCCCCAACUGUACUGGAAUCACCUAACGAAUCAAAUGCCCGUGCCAAACCUCGGGCUCGACCUGCUGUCACCCGACGCCGCGGGCUCGGUGCUGCCGGAGUGGCAGACGCCGGAGAGCUUUAGCGUCAACGGCAGAUUCGAUGGGAUGGGCUUUGCGCCCUCCGAUCCGCCGAGUACGGGAGGUACGGGGCCGGGGGCGUUUGGUUGGGAGCCGCCGAUGGACCCGAACCCGCAGGGCUCGGACCAGGCGGCGAUAUACUCGGCACUGAUGAGUUUCAUGGUUGAGGCAGCGAAAAGCCACUGA